AUGCGCGGAUCACUCAGUCUCCCGAUAAGGAGUCAUUUACAAAAGUCCAGCCAACCAACCAAGUCGGUCGACGAGCUUCCUGCCUGGAAGCGUCAGGGCACUGCCGACACCGCCCAGAUGAAAGACGACUCUGGGGGAGAGAUGAAAGACGACUCCUUCCUGAUCCGGGUGGUACAAAAGCGCAUUAGCGAGUACACCUCUUACAACCAACCAGAGUCCCAGGAGGUGGCGACCACUGCUCAGGACGAUGUACCCAGGAAAGCCAGUACGAACAGACAACCCGAUCGCCCUGGUGCCUACUCGGCAGCACCCGGUAUUGAACUGCAACGAGCAUCCACAUUUGUUCCCUCCAUGAUUCAGUCGUCUUCUCGAAACCUUCUUGUAGAAGAUGACGACGAAGAAGCCGCCCUUUCGCAACCCAGGCUAAUGCGGGAACAGAUUCUUCCAACGCAGCCUGGUGCUGUAGCCGAAAAUGGGCACAACGGUGACAUGACGGCCGAUAACAGCACCACGGAGGAUAGUAGCAGUGGCUUGGCGGUGGCCAACCUGGUACAGGAAGACACAAUGCCCCGGCGAGAUGAUCUACCACGGGCCACGGAUUACAAUGUCGAGAGUCAAGAAUUGCAGAGAGAGCAACGAACCAAGCAAUUCAAGACCAAUGUUCUUUUGGGAGUCGUGGUGUUGGUGGCCGUACUGAUGAUUGUGGUUGCUGUUGCGGUUCCUGCCAAGCAGAGUAGUAACGAGAAUAGCACACAAGUGUCACCCGGGAAAGAACAAACGAUUCUCCCAACGGCAGCCCCAACCUUGAUGUCACUCGAGGGAAGGAUCAAGGCCGUGUUGCCAGGAGACACUCUGGCAGCUUUGGAGAAGGAAGGUUCGCCUCAGGCCAAAGCGUACCAGUGGUUGUUGGACGACGCAGAGAACCUUCCAUUGUACACAAAGGAACGGAUCCAGCAAAAGUUUGUUCUAGCUACCCUGUAUUAUACCACGAGCGGGGACACAUGGACAAAGAACACCCACUGGCUCAACCACAGUGUCCAUGAGUGCGACUGGUUCCAGAAACCAGACUUUGGCCGGAAACUCACCAUAUCCAAGUUCUAUCCUGGAACGUUUGCUGGGUUUUUGGAACCUCCGCCCUCCUCUGCCUGUGACAAGGAUGGCAGGUACCAACAUCUCUGGCUGGACUCGAACAAUCUGGUUGGCUCUGUUCCGAAUGAGCUUUACAUGCUCAAGUCAUUGCAGACUAUGUCCAUGGGUUGGAACGAGUUGAAAGGAUCCAUUGCGAGCCACAUUGGACAGCUGACAGGUUUAAAAGGAAUCUCUCUGGGCAAUCUGCUUCUCACAGGCACCAUACCAUCUGCAGUUGGCUUGCUUACUAAUUUGGAGAUCAUCUCGUUCCGUGCGAAUCAACUGUCUGGUUUCAUCCCUUCGGCAAUAUGGAGACUUAGCAACUUGAAACAUCUGGCGCUGGGAGUCCAGAAACUACAGGGAACGCUGCCCGCAGAGAUUGGAGCUCUCACAAAGUUGGAACGAUUGAUUGUGGACGAUUGUGGCCUUUCUGGUUCACUGCCAACGGAGCUAGGGCGUGCUGAAUCGCUCCUGGCGCUUACUUUGAUUGAUAAUGGGUUCACAGGAAAUCUCCCGAGCGAGAUGGGGCAGCUGACAGCACUUACAAGUCUUCUUCUCACGGGCAACCUGCUGGAAGGAUCUCUUCCAACUGAAUUGGGUCUUGCAACAUCGUUGACCAAAGUCUUCGGAGGCUCGAAUCAAUUUUCUGGGCUACCAACGGAGAUUGGCCUGCUCACCACAAUGAUGUUUUUUAGAUUGGAUGACAACCUUGUGUCACAAUCAAUCCCUUCGGAGCUUGGACUCCUGACAAAUCUUAGAGAUCUGAAGCUGCAGAACACCCAAUUUUCAGGUCAAAUCCCAAGUGAAUUAGGAUCGCUUACCUCAUUGGGGGCCAUGAUUCUUGCCAAUAACACCUUAUCUGGCACCCUUCCAGAAGAGCUAUCCUUUCUGCAGCAGUCUCUCCAUACAAUGUCUUUGGAAGGGAAUCCAUUGCUCUCUGGGUAUGUACCGUCGGGUCUCUGUGACUUGAAUGGCACAUGUAUCGGAAAUGCAUUCAAGCAGUGCUAUCCCCCGUUUGGCUUGUCAUUUGACUGCACGGAUCUGUUGUGUGGCUGUGGCUGCUCUUGCAAGGAUGAGCGAAGCCUUCGAGUCGGCUAA